AUGAGCGGCAGGCCAUCCAGCUCCCGCAGUGGCAGCCGUGCCAGUCGCGGCGGCAGCAGCAACAAUGCCAGGAUGUCAGACCUCGCAGCAGCCACGGGGGGCUCGCAUCGUUUCGCCGAGCGUCGACAGGAACGUAUGCGUGGUGCAGGUACCGCCGUAGCCAUGCAGAGGGACUUUCAGUUCAAGCUGCCGCAAAAACGAGCUGGACCAUCGACAGGCAACGCAAACGACUCCGUAUCAACAGAUGGAUCGAUCAGCAAACGCGGACCGGGCCGACCUCGGGGUUCAGGCCCCAAACAGAGAGCGGCGGCCGCAGCAGUAGCAGAAGGCUCCGACGAUGCUUACUCACUACCACCACUCGACGACGACGAUGGGAUGGCGUAUUCACCUCAGAGGGAUGCGUCCGGCAGUAUGGGCGUGCCACGACGGGUAGCGAGACCACCUCCCGGGCCUGUCAGCAGUACACCUGCUGCAUCGCGCAUCCUCAAACAGCCUUAUGCAGCUGGCUUAGCGCGCCGAGGCGACGAUGAUGACGAGGUGGGCAGCCAGCUUGGCGAGGACUAUGCUGGCUCCAGUGCAAGUGCCAGUGCUGGCUCGGGCUCAGGUCCCAUGAUUGAUGAGCCAUACGAUUGGAGUGCAAACCUGGACCCCAAUCUGGAUCCCGUCGAGGAGAGCCUGCCGAUGAUCCCCUCGCCCGUCGCAUCGUCCUCCCACGUCGACGCCUCUGUGCGUCGCAUGCGACCGAGCAUCGGAGGAACCAGCGUGUCCCACCUCAGCAUCGCAUCUGGAGGCGACUCGCCAGCCGCACGUGCAGCGCAGCGCAAUCUCGACUCACGUCAACGACGUCGCCAAGGCAGUCCAGGCUCCGAGCGCAUAUACAAACAAGCCGCAGCCACGGCAGCCGCAGCCUCAAUCGCAGCCAAACGACGCGGUCGGCCACCCAAGUCUGCCUCCGCCCCACGUGCACUCAUCCAACUACCCACAGAGCAGGACGACGAGACCGUCAUGGAUCGCACCAUCCUCGAGCGACAGCGCGGGGCCACCUCGGCCGCCCGCACUCGUGAAACGCAAAAACGCCUCAAACGCGCUCUCUCGCUCGUGUUCUCCGAAGCCGACCCUGACGACCCCGAUUCCUCGCAACCGUCGAAGAAAAGCAAGUCGGCGAAAUACCUCAACGACGUCGACAUUAUCUGGUCCAUCGUCGACGAGGAGCUCCGCAGUGCCAUCGAGGAGCAGCCGGCCAAAGCACCCUUCCUCGCUCUGAAAGCGCUGCGCAAAUCGGUGCGGUCCAACUUUUUGAACCUCAGCGAGAAGACGGAUAACCGGACGACGUUGAUCUCGCAGGUUGUGCGGGCGAGGAAGCAGAAGCGGCUGUUGCGCAAGGAGGUGUUUGCCAAGCGGAGCGAGCUGGCUAAAGUGACGGUCGAGGCGGGCGAGAGGGAGAAGGAGAUGAAGGAGUGGAAGAGCGAAGUAGGCGAUGUGCGCAGAGUCAACGCCUUUUUGGUCAAUCUGAGGCAUCAGGCUGCUGCGUGGACUUGA